UCACUAUGUUAGUUUUAGAACUGAUAUUUUCUAUGAUAGUAAAAAGUUUGUAUAAUAAAACAUUGAAAUUGGUAAGAGUGGAAGAACUUACAUAAUUUCAUAGUUACAUUGUUCAGUUACACCUUAUACUCUAUUUUCAUUGUUUAUAUAUCAAAUCAACAUAGUCUAAAAACUCCAUUAUCUUUCUCACACACUUACACACUACGGCACCAAAUUCAACUCCAUUUUCCUAAUGGUUUCCAAUGGAGAUGAAGAAUCAAGCAACCAAGUCCAACAAUCUGAAACCUCAAAAAGUUCAGGAUUACCCUUUUUAAGGUACAACUCGCCACUAGUUCAAGUGAUCCUGAUUGGUGUUGUCUGCUUUUGCUGCUCCGGCAUGUUCAACGCCCUCUCAGGAAUGGGAGGUGGAGGCCAACUGAACCACACUGCCUCCAACAACUCCCUCACUGCCCUCUACACCACUUUUUCCAUAUUUGGCAUCCUUGGCGGCGCCAUCUACAACAUCCUAGGACCUCACCUCACCCUUCUCGCAGGAUGUUCCACCUAUGUCCUCUACACUUCCUCCUUACUCUACUACAACCACCACCACCACCAAGCCUUUCCCAUUCUUUCCGGUGCUCUCCUUGGUGUCGGAGCAGGCCUCUUGUGGGCAGCACAAGGUGCAAUCAUGACAUCUUACCCUCCAGCCAACAGAAAAGGGACUUACAUAUCUAUUUUCUGGAGCAUCUUCAACAUGGGUGGAGUGAUUGGUGGGUUGAUUCCUUUGAUCAUGAACUACCAUCGUAGUGAGGCUGCUUCUGUGAAUGAUGGAACCUACAUAGGCUUCAUGUGCUUUAUGACAGUGGGGACCCUCUUGUCGUUGGCCAUCUUACCUGCAUGCAAGGUGGUUCGUGAUGAUGGCAGUAGGUGCAGCAGCAUGGUGUACUCCAAUGUGUCCACCGAGUGUGUGGAGGUUCGCAGGUUGUUUUCCAAUUGGAAAGUGCUUCUUAUGGUUCCCGCAGCUUGGUCCAGCAACUUCUUUUACCCUUACCAGUUCAAUGAUGUGAAUGGGGCACUGUUUAAUCUGAGGACCAGAGGGUUCAACAGUGUGUUCUACUGGGGGGCUCAGAUGCUGGGUUCUGUUGGGAUUGGUUAUGUGAUGGAUUUCAGCUUUGAGAGGAGAAGGGUGCGGGGGUUGCUGGGAGUUGUGGUGGUUGCUGUUCUUGGGACUGUGAUUUGGGGUGGUGCACUUGCUAAUCAGCUUAGGUACAACUCCAAUGAUUUUCCAGAAAAGUUGGAUUUUAAACACUCAGGAUUUGUUGGACCUUUUGUUUUGUACUUUAGUUUUGGAUUGCUUGAUGCCAUGUUCCAGAGCUUGGUCUAUUGGGUUAUUGGAGCCCUGGCUGAUGAUUCUCAGAUCCUCAGCAGGUACAGUGGUUUGUUUAAAGGAAUACAGAGUGCAGGGAUUGCUGUUGCAUGGCAAGUAGAUGAACACAAUGUGGGUUUGAUGUCCCAGUUGAUAGUGAAUUGGGUGCUCACAACAAUAAGCUAUCCGUUACUCUUUGUUUUGGUCAUGCUUGCUGUGAAAGAUGAAUAGGGAGAGAGAAACCUGUCAUGGAUGUUGAUGAUGAUAUAACAAUGUCCUCUUCAUCUUCAUGUGUUGCUUGUAAAUUUCCUUUUAGUUCCAUUUGUUGAAAUCAAUAAAGAGUGUCUUGGAGUUUGAUCAA